AUGGAAGAGCCACAGAGGGUAGCGCUACAGAUGGAAGAACCAAAGAGGGCAGUGCCACAGAUGGAAGAGCCACAGAGGGGAGUGCCACAGAUGGAAGAGCCACAGAGGGGAGUGCCACAGAUGGAAGAGCCACAGAGGGGAGUGCCACAGAGGGUAGUGCCGCAGAGGGGAGCGAGGGAAGUGCCACGGAUGGAAGGGCUUCAGAGGGCAGUGCCGCAGAGGGGAGCGCCACAGAAGGGACUGCCACAGAGGGCAGGGAUCUCCACAGAAGGGACUGCCACAGAUGGAAGAGCCACAGAGGGCAGCGAGGGGAGUGCCACAGAGGAGAGAGAGGGCAGUGCCACAGAGGGGAGCGAGGGCAGUGCCACAGAUGGAAGAACCACAGAGGGCAGUGCCGCAGAUGGAAGUACCACAGAGGGCAGCGAGGGAAGUGCCACAGAUGGAAGGGCUUCAGAGGGUAGUGCCGCAGAGGGGAGCGCCACAGAGGGCAGCGAGGGGAUCGCCACAGAUGGAAGGGCCACAGAGGGCAGUGCCGCAGAUGGAAGUACCACAGAGGGCAGCGAGGGGAUCUCCACAGAAGGGACUGCCACAGAUGGAAGAGCCACAGAGGGCAGCGAGGGGAGUGCCACAGAGGAGAGAGAGGGCAGUGCCGCAGAGGGGAGCGAGGGCAGUGCCACAGAUGGAAGAACCACAGAGGGCAGUGCCGCAGAUGGAAGUACCACAGAGGGCAGCGAGGGAAGUGCCACGGAUGGAAGGGCUUCAGAGGGUAGUGCCGCAGAGGGGAGCGCCACAGAGGGCAGCGAGGGGAUCGCCACAGAUGGAAGGGCCACAGAGGGCAGUGCCGCAGAUGGAAGUACCACAGAGGGCAGCGAGGGGAAUUCCACAGAAGGGACUGCCACAGAUGGAAGAGCCACAGAGGGCAGCGAGGAGAGUGAGGGCAGUGCCACAGAGGGUAGUGCUAGAGCUGGAACUGAUAUAGAAGGGGCCCCUCGAGAAGGCGCUGCGAGAGAAGACGCUGCAAUCAAAGGCAGCGCAGAUACCUCUGGCGAAGCGAUCGAUGGAAAGAUCAGCGGCAAUACCGCUGGCACAUUUGAUAGUGAUAGCAGGGCGAGUGAAGAUAUCGUCUGCAGCGAACUCGUCGGCACGGCGUUUGAAGGUAGAACAUUUGAUGCUGGAAAUCCAAGCGAUGGCAAUGCUAGACUCGCCACGCUCGCGGGAAGGCUGGGAAUCGAGACUGGUGGCAAAGCGAUGGAAGAUUGCACCAAAGUUUGCAAGUUGAUCGACGGCAAGGAUACUGGACGUAGACCUGAGAGCACUGAUUCCACCACUGGUACCACAUUGGGUAUAAUUGAGCUCGCCGGUGAUAUUUGA